AUUCAGUAGAGUUUGUACCUCGCGACGAGACGGUUCUAAAAUGCGAUUGAUUUGCUUGCUGCUAUGCGCAGCUGCCACGCUCCAGGCCUGUCUGGCCGACAACAAAGUAUCCUGCAAGGACGAAAAGGGACACGAUGUGGACUGGUGGUACAUGUACAAGCUGCCCAAGCACUACUCGGCCGGAGGGCAGAGCGGGCAGGACGUGAGUGGGCUGAGGUAUAUGUAUGUGACCAGCGACAGCUACGACAACUGGCAGCUGUCGGGCCGGCGGAUUAGCGACGCUAACUCGCUGCCGGCGCAGACCCUGAAGCCGCUCUACGCGGACCAGCAGCGGGUGCUGCUGGCCGCCUACAACGACGAGUACCCCAAUGGGACGGUGUCCGCCACGGGGGGCCAUGCGAAGGGCGUGAUUGCCACGGAUGGGACGACUGGCAUGUGGCUGGUGCACUCGGUGCCCAAGUACCCCACGGUGCCGGACUACAGCUACCCCACCACGGGCGAGCACUACGGCCAGAGCCUGCUCUGCGUGACGCUGGAUGCCGAGGGCGUGGAGAAGGCGGGCGAGCUGCUGGUCUACAACGAGCCGCACUUCUACUACGAGCGCAAUCCCCUGCUGAAGACUGCCGAGACGUUCCCCAGCCUGGAGCGCGCCUUGAAGCGGCAGUGGCGCACCGAGGCGCCCUUCCAGAAGGAAGUGGAGCUGCGCACUCUGGGCGGCAAGCAGUUCCGGCUCUUUGGCAAGAGUGCGCGCGCCGACAUCGAGCUCUACAGCGACCUGGUGGCUCCCGCCCUGGGCGUCAACCUCUUCGUGGAGGCCUGGCGCGACGGCGCUGGCAACCUGCCCGACUCCUGCGACAAGGCCAACAAGGUGUUCAACGUCCAGGACAUCGCCAAUGCGGACUUCCGCGUGGAGUUCAAGACCACCGGCGACCACUCCAAGUGGGCCGUCUCCGAGGAGUCGGGCAUCAAGCUGCACCGCUGGCGCAUCGGCGGCGGCGACUGGAUUUGCAUUGGCGACAUCAACAGGCAACAAACGCAGCAACAUCGCGGCGGCGGCACCGUCUGCCACAAGAGCUCCCGAGUAUCGGAUCUCUAUCGAAAGCUCGUGGCCAACUACGAAAAGUGUAACUGAAAAUCUGAAAUUGCGGAAUAAAAGUUUUUAUCUG